GCAGAGUCGCGGCUACGCGAACAUGAUGCCGGAGCGCCACAUUGACCCACUUUGUUUCAAGCUAGCCGUUCUCCUGGCGUCGCACGUCUCGAACAUGCUGCUGCUAACCACGCACAAAAGCACGACUCUUCCAUUCCAACGACAACCACCUUCACUUACAACUCUCAUCCUUCGUUCGCUGCAUUUGCACACUCACAGUCGCUAUAAGCACCAGCUUUCUCUCUCCAAUACACCACUUCUCACGGACGACUUAAUCACGUAAUCACCAACAACUCAACAACAUCAAAAUGCGUUACUCCGUCAUCGCCGUUCUCGCCGCCGCUGGCACCACCUUCGCAUCGGUCGACGAUGGAAGCAACUUCAACGACGAUACCCAGCCGAGCGGCUACGUUGUUUCGCAGAUCGCAGAUGGUCAGAUUCAAGCUCCUACCGCCCCAGUCGCCUACACUCCAGCAGUGAGCAGCGCCGAGGCCACCGCUCCAGCUGGCUACGGCAUCCCAUCCGCAGAGACUACCCCAGUCGCCGCCACAUCUGAGGCCCCAGCACCACCAGCUUACUCUUCGGAGGCUGCUCCAGUCGAGUCCUCUGCUCCAGCUGGCUACGGCUCGUCGUCUUCGGUCAUUGUCCCAGUCCCAGCAACCUCCGUCGAAGCUACCACUCCUGUCGUGGCUACCACUCCAGCUGCAUACACUCCACCAGUCGAGAGCGCCCCAUACCCCGUCGCCGGCGGAAACAGCACUCUCCUCACUGCCACCUCGGCCGCAACCAUCACAUCCGUUGUUGGCGCUUCAUCAACAGAGGCCGGUGCUGUCGGUGGUGGUGCUUCGACCUCCUCUCCAGCCACUGCCACUGGUGCUGCCAGCGCACUCCAGGUCAGCGGUGGUGUCGCCGCUCUCUUCGGUGCCGUCGUUGCUUUCCUCGCAUAGAGGACUCACUGCUGCGACGAUGGAUCAAAAGCACUUUGUAACUUACAAUCACCAUUGAAUUGAAAGCGUGGAGGCCUAAAUCAGGAGGCACUCGAGUACAUUUGAAAGUUUUGGGCACGGCGCAUCAGGGCUGGUCGCCCAUGGGAUGGUAAUGACCUGCAUCGUGUCUUUCCCUAGCGUAUAGAUACCACAGAGAACAUACAGUCGAUGAUGACAAUGAAAGGCGAAAGACCAU